AUGAGCGAAUCAGAGUUCCAGCAAGUCACAGAGUCUGCUACCAGAUCAGAAACCACAUCACACAAUCCAUAUGGACCCAACCCUGCGGAUUUUUUGUCAAAUGUCAACAGUUUCCAGCUGAUAGACUCGACUCUAAGAGAAGGUGAACAAUUUGCAAAUUCGUUUUUCGACACCGAGAAGAAAAUCGAGAUUGCCAAGGCGUUGGACGACUUUGGCGUGGACUACAUUGAGCUCACGUCCCCUGUGGCCAGCGAGCAGAGUCGUCACGACUGCGAAGCCAUCUGCAAAUUGGGCUUGAAAGCGAAAAUCCUAACGCACAUCAGAUGCCACAUGGACGACGCUAAGGUGGCCGUGGAAACCGGCGUGGACGGCGUGGACGUGGUGAUUGGAACGUCCAAGUUUUUGAGACAGUACUCGCACGGGAAGGACAUGAACUACAUCGCCAAAAGUGCUAUCGAAGUCAUCGAAUUUGUCAAAUCCAAGGGCAUAGAAAUUCGAUUCUCGUCUGAGGACUCGUUCAGAUCCGACCUUGUGGAUCUGCUGAAUAUCUACAAAACCGUCGACAAAGUCGGUGUCAACAGAGUUGGUAUUGCCGACACCGUUGGCUGUGCUAACCCAAGACAAGUGUACGAGCUGAUGAGAACGUUGAAAACGGUUGUGUCGUGCGACGUGGAGUGCCAUUUCCACAACGACACGGGCUGUGCCAUUGCCAACGCCUACACUGCUCUAGAAGGUGGAGCCAAGCUGAUCGACGUGUCCGUUCUUGGUAUCGGUGAGAGAAACGGUAUCACUCCCCUUGGAGGAUUGAUGGCCAGAAUGAUUGUGGCCGCCCCUGAGUACGUCAAAUCCAAAUACAAGCUGCAUAAAAUCAGAGAUAUCGAAAACUUGGUCGCUGAGGCUGUAGAGGUCAACAUUCCAUUCAACAAUCCUAUCACCGGGUUCUGCGCAUUCACUCACAAGGCUGGUAUUCACGCCAAGGCUAUUUUGGCCAACCCUUCCACCUACGAGAUUCUAAAUCCUCACGACUUUGGUUUGAAAAGAUAUAUCCACUUCGCCAACAGGCUGACUGGAUGGAAUGCUAUCAAGUCGAGAGUCGAUCAGCUAAACCUGGUUAUGUCUGAUGCUCAAGUCAAGGAAGUUACCAAUAAGAUCAAGAGACUUGGUGAUAUCAGACCGCUCAACAUUGACGAUGUGGACUCCAUCAUCAAGGAUUUCCACAGCGAGAUCAGCACCCCUCAAUUGGAGAGUUUGAGAAAGACCGACGUUGAAGAUGUCGACGUUGAAACUAUCGACCUUGCUCAACCCCCUGUCAAAAAGGCGAAAACUGAUCAGUAA